AUGAUGCAAGGAAACCCGUUCGUUGUGCUACCAUGUGUUAACAGUAUAAAAUUGUCAAACGCUCAGAAUGAAACGAAGAAAAUGUCAAAAGGACAAUGUUAUAACGGUGAAGGAUUAAAGAAAGGAACAUGGAGUGCAGAAGAGGAUGAAAAGCUCAUCUCAUAUAUCCGCGACCAUGGCGAAGGUGGCUGGCGAAACAUUCCCGAAAAAGCUGGGCUAAAAAGGUGUGGAAAAAGUUGUAGAUUGCGAUGGGUUAACUAUUUAAGACAGAAUAUAAAGAGAGGAAAUUUUAGCGACGAGGAGGAGCAGAUAAUCAUCAUGCUUCAUGCUUCUCGUGGGAAUAAGUGGUCGGACAUAGCAAAACAUCUACCAGAGAGAACGGAUAGCGAGAUCAAAAACCAUUGGCACACACAUCUCAAGAAGCGCUUAAUCAAGAACGGCAUUGACCCAGUGACCCACCUGCCACUAGUUUCUUCUGACUCUAGUCCGGCCGAGCCCAAGGAGUUCGAUCCCCAGGAAGAAUUUAAUGCGGAGAAGCACUGGCCACAAGGGAGUUCAACAUCUCCAGUAUCUCUUGAUCUCCCUUCUUCGAGUUUCAACAAUCCUAUAACCGAAAUCACCAGGGAUGAGACACCGUUAGAUAAUCGUUCCUUGAGCUGCAAGAAACGUUUCGAGAGAUCGAGCCUGUUAAACAAAGUUGCAGCUAGUGCUUCUUCCUUUAGGAAUUUCUUAUCAACUUCCGUGGAAGGAACGUUGAGAUCUCCUACACCGUCUUCAUCUCUCCCAAAUCCAUUGUCCGAACACAUGUUCGAUGCCAACGAAGAUCUCAGUACGAGCAUUGAUCUCAGCAUCCCCCAUAACGAAUUCUCGCAAUAUCUCGAGCAUUUCAACAACAACGAAGACGAAUCCGAGAACAUUGGUGGCUACAAUCAAACUCUCCUUAUAUCCGAUGUCCCAUCAUCAUUAGUUUAUGUUGACAUGACGAAUUGUGGAGACAUAACUGGCUGGUCAAGUUAUAUUCCUGAACAUACCAGUUUCCUGUAUGAAAAGGAACAAGACUAUUAUAAAUUCUUUUGA